CUCUUAAUUAACAUACUUGUUUCUCGCUUAAUUUAAUUUUUUAAAGUUCAUGGCUGAAUUAUUUCUAUCUUUUUCUCUCUUGUGAAAAGUAAGACACAAACCCUCUGCAAAAUCUCUCUCUCUCUCUUCCCUGUCCCCCUAGUUUUAAGUCUCUCACUGUGUCAAUAUUUUUAUGUACAUCUUGAUUUUUUUUUUUUUUUUUUUGGUCUCAUUUUCAAAAUCUGAUCUUUGCGGAUAAUCCAAGUUUUUUGACUGAUUGAACUUGGACCGUUGGAUCCAAAUCUCAGUCGCCGGAGAUUGGUUGGUUGUUUGUUUGUUUCUUUGUCUCUCUGUAUCUUUGCUGGAUCUUUUUGUAUUGAAUUUUGGAGCAGAGAGAGAAGAAGCUGGUUUUUCAGUGUUUUUGGGUUUAAUCAUUGAGUUCUUUGGGUAAUGUGAAUUUUCGGGUCAGAGACUCUUAUCAGAGCUGGUAGGUGGCUAAAAGCCAAAGAGAAAAGCAGAUUGACUGGUAGCUAAGGGAAAGGAUAGAGCUUAUACAACAAAACCCUUGAAAGAGAAAAAGUCAGAGAGAGAGAAGAAAAACAAAAAUUCAUCUCUGAAAAAGUUACUGAUAAGUUUUGCGAGAUAAAUUCUCUGUAUUUUUCUCUCUAUUUUGUCCGCUAGCUUGUUCGAUUCCGAGAACAACCCUAGAGAAAUCUUUUGCCAGCGCUCAUGCCGGUCGACUUGGAUAAUUCCUCUACGGCUUCCGGCGAAGCAAGUGUUUCUUCCUCCGGUAACCAAAACCCACCUCCCAAAUCCGCCGCCAAGAAGAAACGAAACCUCCCCGGAAUGCCAGAUCCGGAUGCGGAGGUGAUAGCGCUGUCUCCCAAAACCCUUUUGGCUACGAAUCGAUUUGUGUGUGAAAUUUGCAACAAAGGGUUCCAGCGAGACCAGAACCUACAACUCCAUCGCCGUGGCCAUAACCUACCAUGGAAGCUGCGGCAGAGAUCGAGCAAGGAAGUGAAAAAGAGGGUUUACGUCUGUCCGGAGUCGACCUGCGUCCACCACGAUCCGUCGAGGGCUCUCGGCGAUCUCACGGGGAUAAAGAAGCAUUUUUGCCGGAAACACGGGGAGAAGAAAUGGAAAUGCGAUAAGUGCUCGAAGAAGUACGCGGUGCAGUCUGAUUGGAAAGCUCACUCGAAGAUUUGUGGCACCAGAGAGUACAAAUGUGACUGUGGAACUCUGUUUUCCAGGAGGGAUAGCUUCAUCACACACCGGGCGUUCUGUGAUGCGUUGGCCGAGGAGAGCGCGAGAGCUAAGACUCAGACUCCGAGCCAGAACCAGAAGCAAGCCCAGACCCAGAAUCAGGUAGUUGUGAAUUCCAAUCCAGAAUCUGACUCGAAUGUUCAAGCUAUGGAUUCGUCUCCUCCAGCGACGCCAGCUCCAGUGCCUGCAAAAGCUCAGGCUCAAAUCACAACUCCAUCUCCAGCUCCAGCUCCAGCUCCAGCUCAAUCUCAAACCCAGGUUCCAACUCAGUCAACUGGAAUGGUAUUUUCUUCGGUUUUACCGGUUCAGAAUUCAGAGAUGCCAGAAAGUUCUACUCAAGUUAUGGAAGAAGCUCCUAUGACAGCCGGUCUGAAUGGGAGCUCUAGUAGCAGCAAUAGUGCAAGUAGCAGCAGCAGCGCCAGUAGUAGUGUGUUUGCAAGCUUAUUUGCUUCCUCGGCUGCAUCGGGAAGAUUACAAACUUCUCAGCCACCUGCUUUUACUGACUUAAUUCGAGCUGUAUCAAGGCCUGAUUGCCCAGCUGAACUUGCUCCCUCAUCAUCCACAGAGCCAAUCUCUUUGUGUCUCUCAACAAGUCAUGGGUCAUCUAUAUUUGGGACUGCAGGGCAAGAGCGCAGACAAUAUGCACCACCACCACAACCAGCUAUGUCUGCCACUGCACUACUACAGAAAGCUGCUCAAAUGGGUGCUGCAGCCACGAAUGCUUCGCUGCUCCGUGGAUUUGGCAUUGUGUCAUCUUCGUCAACCUCUUCACAGCAAGAGAACUUGCAGUGGGGUAGUGGGCAAGUUGAGCCUGAUAAUGCCUCAGUACAUGCAGGGCUUGGACUUGGUCUUCCUUGUGAUGGAGGUUCUGGAUUAAAAGAAUUAAUGAUGGCAACUCCUUCUGUGUUUGGUCCUAAGCAAACUACCCUUGACUUUCUCGGACUUGGAAUGGCAGCCGGUGGCAGCCCUACCAGCAGCCUGUCUGCUCUAAUUACUUCAAUUGGAGGAGGAAUUGAUGUGGCAGCAGCUGCAGCAGCAGCAUCUUUUGGAGGCGGAGAAUUUUCGGGGAAAGACAUUGGAAGGACUUCAUAAUACGAAUUGGUAAAUGCGCUACUCCCAAUUUAACUUGGGGAAACUUUCCUUUGUACAUAGCCUUCUAGUUGUGGGCUGCUCAAAGUCGACAAAGAAGAAUGUUCAAGGUCCAAAUUUUACAUAAAGGAUUAUCCUUGCAAAGGUAAGAAUCAAGCCAUCAUAGGCAGUUGGGUCCUUUUUGAAUGUUCUGGUUUCUUCUAUAAUAACUGUUUCCAUAACAUAGACUUGCAGUAGACUUAUAAAUCCGGAGACCCUCCAUUACAGAAACCCAGAACCUUAAGUUAUUAUUACAAUAGGAUACCUGCAGUGAACUAUCAAAUGAAGAAACAAGUAGCAGCUUAUCAAAUUGCUGAGGAGUUUUGGUGAAUGAACUCAUACCAUUGUUGUUUAGGGAUUAUCAUGUUAGAAAGAAACAGAGGAAACAAUUCAUUGGGAUGGAAAGUCACCAUUGAAUUUAGACUGGUAGCAUAGACAUAAACAGAUCCGUAGGGUGGCAUUUGUUGGCUGGGAAGUGAGGCUAUAGCAAUGAAGGGUUUCAGUUAAUGUUGCUGUAAAUUGAAUCAAAUUCAAGUUUGUGCUUUCUUGAACCCUCUUAAUCUUAUACCCUUGUGUUAUAAUAUUUGGAAUUAAUGCGAAAUCUUAUUAUAAUCUUUA